AUGGAUAGCUCUUUGUUGGAAAAUGGACUAAACAUGAACUUCAUGGACCGGGUGUCCCACCUGUAUGAUAGCUCUCAAAAGAAGGCCACGAAGAAAUUAAUCAUAGCAAGUAUAAUAUGUAUAAUUUUUAUGAUAAUAGAAAUAGUGGCAGCUAUUUUGGCGAAUUCCUUAUCCUUAAUGACUGAUGCCUCUCACCUGUUUUGCGAUUUACUCUCCUUUGCCUUAAAUUUAUUUUCCAUAUAUGUCUCGACGUUUGAGGGGAAUGUAGAUAUGUCUUUUGGGUACCAUCGGGCGGAAAUAAUAGGAGCCUUAUUUUCCAUUUUUUUUAUUUGGGCCCUAUCUGCGUACAUUUUGUACAGUGCUGUGUUUCGAUUAUUUGAAGUUCAGACAGUGGAUGGAUAUAUCAUGUUUGUUACAGCUUUUGUAAGUACGCUGGCAAAUAUAUUCAUUGCCUUCGUACUUAAGGUGCACUCACAUGGAUUUGAAUUUAUUGGACAACGCAGAUGCAGUCAUAGUGAUGAAACGAAUGGGCAUACUCACCAAAUAAAGACAUGGAAAAAUGAUACUAGUAAGUCUGUAAAAAAUGGAAAAUACAAAAAUAUAAAUAGUGAUAUCGUUAUAGCAGAUGACGGGGAUGCUGCUGCUCAUGCUGCGGCAUGUAACAAGAAUAAUAUUUCCAUCGGGAAAAUUAACACCAGUUCAUGCAGCUAUGUCGCUUUUGAUUAUUAUGAAAAUGUGAACCAAAUAAAUAUGGAUAAUCCUCACCAAGGGGAUUCAAGAGCUGCAGGAGGAACUGGUGGUGGUGAAGGAACAACUGCAGGGAAGAAGAAUUCGCAAAACGGACAACAUACACAACGUGCACUGCUCGACCCUACGGCGAAUAAUUUCCCCCACGAUAAUCACCUUGCAAAUGAUGAAGAUGUGCAGAAGGACGAUGGUCAUUUUAAAAACCUUGCCUCGAACAGUUCCUACAUGCUGUCCAAUGGGGAAAGCGAAGAAAAUGUUUUGUGCGAUCCGUACGAUAGCCAUUCGCAUGACCACUCACAUGACCAUUCGGACGGCCAUUCACACCACCACCCGCAUGACCAUUCACAUCAUCACUCACACGAUGAACUAAGCAGCAUAAGCCUGAAGACGGCGUACCUGCACGCCAUCAGCGAUUUACUGCAAAACAUAGGAGUCAUGAUAGCCUCACUGAUCAUCUGGUAUAACCCCAAGUACUCUAUCACCGACCCCAUCUGUUCUAUCAUUUUUUGUUUCAUCGUUUUUUCAACAACCAUAUCAGUAAUUAAAGAAAUUCUAAACGUACUGAUGGAGGGAACCCCCGUGAGCAUAAACUUAAUGGAUAUUAAAAACGACCUGCUGAAGAUACCCGGGGUUAUAGACGUUCACGAUUUACACGUUUGGUCCUUAUCCAUUGGAAAACCAGCCCUCGCGUGCCAUAUAGUUGCACACAAAAAUUUUUCACACACUGUUUUAAAUAACGCUACUUUGUUGUGCCAGAAUAAAUAUAAAAUUCUGCAUACCACUGUUCAGACCGAUUACCCCUCGAACAUUUCCAACUGCGAAACCUAUGCCCACCUUAAGUGCUCAAAUUUAAAAACAGAAACAAACAAGUAG